ACGACUAUGUCCAUGCUCUGCAUAACCUACCUGGGGAUGACGCAAAUUUUGGUAGCUUUGGAGCGUGACAUCGAGUUCACGGAGUUGCCGAAAGAGGCAGAGGUAGAGAAGGCAGCCGUCGAGCAAAAAAGGCGUAGCGGGCCAGACUCGACAAAAGGCACGGCUGUGACUCCACUUCACCUGGUCGACUCAACGUGGCCCACGGAAGGACGAGUCGAGUUCCAAGACUUUAGCGCCUCUUACAGGCCCACUGUGCUCGAGGACUCCCUAAAGCACGUCACAUUCACAGUUCGUUCGCGCGAAAAGGUCGGAAUUGUGGGUCGCACAGGUGCGGGAAAGUCAUCCCUAGUCCUAGCCCUGCUACGGGUGCUCAAGAGCACGAAUGGCAAGAUAUUGAUAGAUGACGUCGACAUAGCCUCUGUGCCACUGCCAAAGUUGCGUACUGCAAUCACCGUCAUUCCCCAAGAUCCGAAUCUCGUGCGCGGAACACUUCGUGCAAACCUUGAUCCCACGAAGAGGCACACGGACGAGGAGUUGUGGGAGGUUUUGCGACAGGCCAAGCUUGCUGAAUUCGUGUCCAAGCAACCACUCCAGCUAUUGCUCGAGACUGGAGACGGUGGCAGCAAUCUGAGUGCUGGGCAGCGGCAGCUGGUGUGUUUGGCACGUGCCCUGCUGCGGAGAUCAAAGAUCUUGGUACUAGAUGAAGCCACUUCACACAUGGACGGUGACACAGACAGCCUGAUCCAAGCGACGUUGCGGGACAGCUUCGCCAAUUUCACGCUGCUCACCGUGGCACACCGGCUGCACACGGUGCUCGACUACGACAGGAUACUCGUCAUGAACGAAGGAAGUGUCACCCAAUAUGGAACUUUGGAUGAACUUCUCGAAGACAGCACAUCUAUGUUCUAUGAAAUGGCAGCAAAAGCUGGAAUCGCAUCUCACCGCGGCGGAGGGAAGGCUAUGCUCGCUUCUACCGAGCCCUGUACGCACCUCUGACAUCUCAGAGCCGCAAGGAACGAAGCUGGUCGUGAGCUCGCCAUCAAGCUCACAGCAGCAUCUCACAAGAGCAGCUAACCUGGCUAGCAGCUAGCUCACCUCACGCUCUUUUAGGAUGAGGACUGCCACGCUACAUAGAACAAUUUGCAAUGCAUAAUUUACCAGAGGGCCUUUAUAUAGCAGGCCCACAAUGUCACGAGAAGACACCUAGAAAAUACACAGUUUUCUGAAUAAACAUUCUGUAGACGGCA